AGCGUGCAGCCGAGUGUAGUUGACUGCAUUCGCCCCCCCCUCUCCCGUGCGUCGAGGAUGUAUCAUGUGGCGGAGAUGGUCCGUGACGCCCGUCGCGACAUGGCGGAGCGUCAUGACGGCGGGCUCGUCUGGAGCACGCUGUCGGCCUUCACGCCCUUCCCAUUCCUGCUGGCCCUGGGCGGUCAGAUUUCCAGCAGCCUCGUGCGCCGCGCCCCCGACCUGGUCAAGCGUGCGGCCGGCGCGACGCGUGACUGUGUCGUGGAUUCCGCAACGCAAGCGCACGACCGAAUCGUGGAGCUACGCCUGACGUGCACCCGCACGGGCCAGUGGAUGUUUCACCGCGUCAAGGUGGCAGUAGAGACUGCGCGGCUUCCGGUCCCGCUGUCCCCGCUACAGAGCCAAGUGGCCGUGCCCUUCUUGUGUGGUGUCGAGGGUUUAGCGCAGUUCGUGACCAGUGAGGAACUGCCGGAGCUCUACUUUGUGGCUAAGAAUAUCAUGCGCCGCAGCUUCUUCUUGAGGCAUUUGGUGCUGCCGCCAUUGGGAGCGGCCGAGAGUGUAGUCAGAUACGUUGUCAUCUUUCCCAGUCGCAUCGUGUUUCCGUCCAGGGCUGAAAUCGAAGAUAGGACGGACUUGUUUUUAGAGGGAAGUACAACACGCGUACAGGCGCUAGUGGAGCACUUGUACUCGGCCACAGAAGUACUGGAUCAACAUCUAAGUAUGGUGCAGUGGAACAUUUUGGGGCGAGGACCUUACGAGUCGCUGAGUGCUUCACGACGCAGUGAAGUAAUCAGAUCUGUUCAUCAGAGGAUGCGAAUCAUCGCGUCGCAUUAUAAAUUGUUCGAAUUCUUGGCCACCAUCAAACUGCAAAAUGAAAUGCUCUAUUCUGACUUGCAGCUCGAGUUCCCGGACGCUGGUGGUGUCCCUCUCACUCCGAAACAGGUUGCAGCUAACGAAGCACUGACGACUGAUCUAGCGGAACAGGAUGCGAACGCUUUCCCCAUUUGGUUUUACAAGAAAGUUGACAUCACCAGUGGGAACGGUCAAGUGUUGCCCAGUGGACUGAAUGGACGUUGCCAAUCAACCUCGGAUACUAGCAAUGCAGUCAGCCAGUCUACUAGCGGUUGGAUAGAAUUCCCAGCUCACGAGAGUCGUCGGCUAGAACGCAAACACCGAUGGUAUCAGCAACAAAAGACCAAGAUUUCAGGCCCCGUGGGACCUUCCAGCGUCGUCUUAGUAGAUGAAGGUCGGCAUGAAGUAAACUUGGAGAGUAUGCGAAUGACGCCGGUGUAUUGGCCAGCGCUGGAGGAACUUGUCGUGUGUCGUUCUCGUUGGCCAGCGACUGUGCUGGAGAACGCUUUCGUGUAUUACUUGGGGUUCUACCCGCUGGAGAAGCAGCGACUGAUGGAUAUCGAGGCGCAGAAACCCGCGCGCCUCUUUAGCUCCCGUGCUGGUCUAAGUGAGGCGGUUUUGGCAGCUCGAGUUGAGAAGGACUGCACCCUUAGCAUUCCUGUGGAAGGCCAUUUGGUAGAGUUUAAAGGCUUGCAGGACAUCAUGCAGUACAAGCGUUUGCUGGCUGGAACGACGCCAUUUACGAGUAAGCGUCGUGUGUAUCGAGGAAACCCGCGUGUUCGUGCUGAUCCCACUACCUUGCAGCGUUGGAAAGAUGCCAUGGAAUGUGAUCCAGCUACAGGCAAUGCGCUGAAGAUCACGGAGGAUGACAAAGAUAUCGAAGAAGAGAUUGAGCAUCUGGUACUGAUUGUACAUGGAAUCGGUGAUGCAUUGAAGACGCUCGAUCUGAUCAAUGUCGUAACGUUACGCUCCAUCAUUGACUGCUCUACGACGCUGCGGGAGUUGAACCGUGAGGCGCUCCGCUCGGCGCAUUUCGCUCACUUGAACGGUGAAGACGCUGACGAUGAAACGAAGGGUGACAACAAAGAAAAGGCAACACGCCAACCGCGAGUGGAAUUCUUGCCCAUUGAGUGGCACUCGAAGCUGCACAUGGAGGGUUUGGAUCAACUUAUCCGAGACGUGACACUGCCAGCCAUUCCUAAGCUUCGUGAGCUGGCCAAUGACACUGUUCUGGACGUACUAUUCUUCAUGUCGCCGCUGUUCCACCAAGUGAUUUUGGACGAAGUGGCCAAGGAAAUGAACCGUGUGUUCACACUCUUCCAGUCGCGUCAUCCAGACUGGAUGCAAUCCAGUCGUGGGACCGGACGGAAGCGCAAGGUGUCAAUUAUUGCCCACUCACUUGGAUCCAUUAUCUGCUUCGACAUUCUCAAUCAUCAGCAAGUGUAUAUGCAGCAAUUGGAAAGCUUACAAUGCACGGACGAUGAAGGAAACAGCGACGAUGAAGAUGUGAUAGUGGAGAACGGCAAUGAGGGCGAGAACGAGAACAGCACAAGUAGCGAUGAUGAAGUAGAGGUCGUGGUCAAUGCUGUGACAACUGACAACAUGUUUGGUUUCAACGCCGUUACGCGUCGGAGCUUGAAGUGCCGUUCACGCUCGAUGUCGGAAAUGUCGAGCACGAGUGGAACGUGGAGGAGAAAUUCACCGCAUUCAUGGCGCCAAACAUAUCAGGGAAAGCAAGAUUCAAUUCGACGUGCCUCCUCCAAAACCAGACGCCCUGGCAGGAAUAAGACAGCCACGGCAUCUGGUGCUGUCCAAAAUGGAGGAAGUGGUGCUGAUCCACUGGUUCCGAAGCUUGCAUUCGACGUGGAAGAUCUUUUUUGCUUCGGCUCGCCUGUGGGUCUGUUUCUGAAUGUGCGGGGACAGAAGCUCGAUCGCGAUUUCCAACUGCCGCGCUGUCGUCGAUUGUUCAACAUUUACCACCCGUACGACCCGGUGGCUUACCGUAUUGAACCGAUCAUGAACCCGACGCGAGCCCACUCGAAGGCCGCGAUCAUUCGCACGUUCGAAGGCAAGCUACGUUUUCAGUACCAACUGCGCAACUCGUUCCGGGCCAUGUGGGCUUCACUUCGUCAAUGGCGUCGCGACUUCGAACGCCAAGUGCUAGCCGGAGCUCACAACGUGGGGCUGGUGGAAAGCCCUGCAUCGAUGACGCCGCUAUCCGAUGCCAUUGCUGCUGUAACCCAACCGUAUCAAUUGCAACGGCGUCCGGACGAGGCACAGGACGAACGGCAUAGAGAGGAACGAGAGGGCGAUGAGACAGCAGAGGACGUCGCGGUCUUCGGUCGUAUGUGUCAAGGACUCCCCAUCGACUACUCGCUGCAGGAGAACGAGAUCGAGAUUGCGAACGAGUAUUUAUUUGCCCUCACGGCGCACGUCAUUUAUUGGAACAACCGCGACGCGAAUCUGUUUAAGCGGAAAGGAGGCGUCGGUGGGGAUCUCGCACGGCCAAACAACGAAUGA